AUGGAGCCAAUUGAAUCAUUGGAAACAAUUGCAAAAAGAGUUGAUGAUAAAAUCAAUUUUUAUGGAUUAUUAAAUGUAGGAGAAAAUGCAACAAAUAGUGAUAUAAAGAAAGCUUUUUUUGCACUUUCAAGGCAUGUUCACCCUGAUAAAAACAAUAAUCCUGAAGCUCAUAGAAUAUUUCCAAGUGUUAACGAGGCAUAUCAAACUUUAAAAGAAGAAUCAACAAGAAAAAGAUACGAUUUACAGUUAAGAAGAGAAAGAAGAACUUUAGAAUCAAAAAAGACAACAACCACAACAACAAAUACAACAUCAGUAACUGUACCAUCAGCACCAACAAAAACAUCAACAACAACACCAACAACACCAUCUAAAAAGUUUGUUCCACCAGUUAAACAAACUACUACAACAGCACCAUCAUCGACUACUACAACUACAUCAACAGCACCAUCAUCGACUACUACAACUACAUCAACAGCACCAUCAUCGACUACAACUACAUCAACAGCACCAUCAUUGACUACAACUACAUCAACAGCACCAUCAUCGACUACUACAACUACAUCAACAUCAUCAUCAUCAUCAUCAUCAUCAUCAUUUUUUGAUUCUGAAUCUUCAAAUACACCACCAACAACAACCACAACCACAACAAAAGAAGAUUCAAAUUCAGAAGUUUCUUCACCAAAUAAAAAAACAUCUACUUCAAUACCAAAAUCGAGAUCAACCUCAUCAUCAUCAUCAUCAUUUGAAUCAAUGUCAAGAGAAGAUACAGUUUUCCCAGAAAUUUUCUUUACUAAAAAAUCAACUGCACCACCACCAUCAACAUUUGCUAAAAAAUCAUCAGCUUCAUCAUCAUCAUCAUCAUCAUCAUCAUCAUCAUCAUCAUCAUCAUCAUUUUUUUCAUCAUCAACGUCAACACCAACCUCUACAUCGACAUCUACAUCAAAUACAACAGAAAAAAUGGAUUUCUCAGAUGAAGAUGAUAUAGUUUCAUCGCCAGUUGAAGAAAAAUCUGAAGUUAAAUCAUCUCAAAGUAAAUCUUCACAAAACUCAACUCCAACCAAACCAAAACCUCCAACUUCAAGAUCAACUCCAUCGAAAUCUCAUACAACAAGACAAUCUGUAAAACAUGUAUAUCAAGAAAGGGAUGACAAAGAUGAAGAAAUUUAUGAAGAUGAAAAAGAAAAAGAUCAAGACGAGGUAGAAGAUGAAGGAUCAGAAAGAUCUGAUCAAGAGAGACCAACAUCAACAAGAAGAGUAUCCCAUCCUACAACCAGAAAAGCAAGUUCACCAGUUUCUAAAUCUCGUUCAGGUUCCACCUCUUCCUCUAGAUCUUCAAGGACAUCUGCUUCUAAAGAAGAAGAUUCUGAUGCCGAGUAUGAAGUCGAUAGAAUUCUUGACAAGUUGGAAAUUGAUGGUAAUUUGUACUAUAUUGUAAAAUGGAAAGGUUAUGGUAACCGUUACAAUGAGUUGGUGGAUGUAAGAGAUUGCUUCUGUAGUGAUUUGAUUGAAGAAUUUGAGAGAGAGUACAAGAAAAAAGUUGCCAAUAGAAAAAUGGAAAGAAAAGAGCGAGAGAAAGAGAGGAGUGAGAGGAGCGAGGAAAGAGAAAGACUUGAAAGGGAUAGAGAAUCAGCUGAAAAAGAGAAAAAAGAAAAGAGUGAAAGAGAGAGACGUGAAAGACUUGAAAGGGAUAGAGAGAGAAGAGAAAGAGUUGAAAGAGAGAAAAAAGAAAAGAACGAUAGAGAAGAAAAAGAACAAAGAGAGGCCGAAGAAAAGAGACAAAGGGAAAAGGAAAGAAAAUUACAAAGAGAAAGAGAUGAAAAGGAAUUGAGAGCACAACAAAAGGAAAAGGAAGAAAGAGAAAGAGAACAAGAACGUCAAGAAAGAGAAAGACUAGAGGCAAAGAGAAGGGUAAAGGAAGAAAAAGAUCGUAGAGAAAGAGAAGAGAAGAAAAAGUUAAUUUCACCAAACGUUAAAAAAGCAACUCCUGCCACUAGUGCCAAAUCAGUUAAAAGCACUGCUCACAGAUCCUCCAGACUACCAAUGCCAGUCGUUGAAGCUACCUCUGAGGAAUCCGAUGAUGAAAUGGAUAACAACAAUUCCUCAUCCGAUGAUGAAACUUUGGUUUCCAGAAAUGCUAAAAGUGGUAGUGAUUAUGAUGAACCAGCUCCACCUCCAAAAUAUUCAAGCGGAGCCAAAAAGAGAACUCACAAAGCCUCAUCAGAUGAAGAGGAAGAAGAAGAAGAAGAGGAAGAAGAAGAGGAAGAAGAAAUUGAACCAGAAGAAGAUGAAUAUGUCAGAUCAUCUUCAAGAGGUUCAAGACCCUCCUCUAAGAAAGUAGCUCCACCACCUCCAUCUUCAAGAUCUUCAAGGAGAACUGUAACCCAAACCACAACUACCUCAUCAAUAAAUAAUAGAAUAAAGAGAUCAAAAAUAAAUUAA